AUGGGAGCACUUUCUCGAUUCAUAGCUCAUGUCUACACCCUUUUCUUAGUAUUCUUCACUGUCCUCUUCCUGGAGCUCGUAAUCUUAGUUCGCUCAGUCGCCGGAAGUAUUGGUUACACGACGGCAGUCGAUGACCAACCAAUGACCACCGCCCAGUACCUCAAAUUGAUUGAAGAAAACAACCCAGCGAGUCGAUACAAAACCGCCGGAUUAGAACGUAAAGAGUGUUCGGUUUGCCUUUCUGUAUUCGACGACGGCGAUGAAAUCAGGAGAUUGAAAUGCAAGCACACGUUCCACAAGGGUUGCGUUGAUAAGUGGCUGGAGCAAGAUAGAGCCACAUGUCCGAUUUGCCGGAGUUUGGUGUUGCCGGAGGCGAUCGUGGUUAAAUACAGUCAACGACAUCAGAUUCCUCUGCAUCGCCGCCGCAGGGAGUUUUACGGUGGUAGCGAUGAGGAGCUCAUACUCUUGUUGACUUCUUUACAUGGUAAUUAUAUGCGUAGAUUUAUGUAA